AUGCUUCACGGUACUGCCCUCAUGUUAAUUAAGACAAAUAACAAUAUGAGCAACAAAGAAAAUAACAACGAUAACAACCACAUCGACAGCAACAACAACAACUUCAACUCCAGCUACAACAACAUCUUUGAAUUGUUUCAAGCGCAGGUAAGAAGUGAAGAUGCUGUUAUGAGGCUUGAGAGGCUGCUUGCAUCCCUCGUCCAGACUCAAGAUCUACUCGGCGAGGAUAAUUAUGGUGGAUCACAGAAAGCUGCAAGACAAGGAUGGAUGAGUGGGUUGCUAGAAUUCAAUUCAAGCAAAUGCAAGCUUAAGAGGAGAGAAGUUCGUCAGCCAUUUCGACAAGAGGUGUUCAACAUCAUCCAUCAAGAGAGGUGUUCAACAUCGUCCAUCAAGAGAGGUGUUCAACAUCAUCCAUCAAGAGAGGUGUUCAACAUCGUCCAUAAAGAGAGGUGUUCAACAUCAUCCAUCAAGAGAGGUGUUCAACAUCGUCCAUAA